UAAAAAGCACAGGACCGACACGGCCCUGUUUGCCAUCAACUCGCCGUGUACAAGCGUAGAAUCGAUCCAGCUGCUUAAGGCGUUAGCUUCGAGCAUACGCGUACGUCUCGCCGGAUUGUCUCUUGUGUGCCUGGUUAGCUACGGCUGCUGCCUACGUUACACAAUACCAUUUUCCUUUCUCCAUUUUGAAGAUCAGCAUCAGGUCAAGCCUGAACUCUGCAGAGAAUGCACAAGGUUUAACAGUUUCCAGUUAAAUACUGAACUAGGACAAUAUAAGCGACAUGACUGGUUGGGUUCUAAAGAAACCAACUUACAAAGCAACAUGUGCCCUGAAUCAUGGAGUUGUGAUUCUCAUCAUUACCGAACAUGGUAAAAGGGUGCAUAUCGUUUGCUUCCCGAUGAGUUGAGCUCAAACAUUGCUAGAGUAGAGUGUGCAUAUACUGGAUAUGCCUUGUGGUGUAAAAUGUAAAACGAGUCCAGUUAAAGAUAAAUGCAAAGAUAACUUAAAUAUACAAGCUGGUGCGUAAAUAUUAAAUAUAUGUUGUCACGUUUCUUGGACAGUUGGCUUGUCGUUUUCACAAUUGAAGAUAUAAAAGACAAUAAUUAAUCUGGUCCUACAUACUGUGGAUAUUGAAAAUACUAGUCAACUAUUUCUUCCUGCUUGGACAGUAUAGGCUUGUCCUUGUCACAUGUUAGCCGCCCUUGUACCAGUCAAAGUCAUCCAUGGAGACUUUUCUAUUUUGCCAAGAAUCUCCGUAAGACUUGUAAGAGGCCAUCAUAGUUAAAUUUGUCCAGAGACAGGCCAGCAGCUUACCUCAUGAAUCCUAGCUAUGGAGACUGCCAUAUCUGCAGUUGCUAGUGAACUCGUGAGCCAGUUCGUCUCCUUACUGAUGAACAAGUACUACUCCUUGAGCCAUGCCCAAUCAGAGGAGAAGGUGAUGCAAAGGUUGCAUCACCUCCUGAUGAGAGCUGGCACCAUCCUUGAGGAGGCAGACACACGAUACAUAACCAACUCCGGGAUGAUGAUGCAUCUCAAGACACUCUCAGAGGCCAUGUACCGAGGACACCGUGUGCUGGACUGCUUGAGGUACCAUGCCCUCCAACACAGUGCAGGCUUCGACAAGGUUAGCAUCAAUGACUCGUCUAGCAGCAGCUUGCAUUUAGCCAUUCCUUUCAAGCGUUCUCGAACAACAUCUGGGAAGGAUGACAAGGAAAUGCGCCUCGAGUCACAUGGUGCCUUGAAAAGCUUAGAAAUUGCUAUUGCUAAUAUGGCAGAGUUUAUUGUUCUUCUGGGUGGAUGCCAGCGCAUAUCCCGUAGGCCCUAUGAUGUUUAUCUUUACACCGACAAUUUCAUGUUUGGCCGACACACUGGAAAGCAAAAGCUCUUGAGCUUCUUGUUGGAGCACAACAACCCUCCUGGUGAUCAUGCACUUUCAGUUCUUCCGAUCAUAGGUGGUGCUGGAGUUGGAAAGAAAACCUUGGUUGCUCAUGUGUGUGGCGACCAAAGGGUUCGGUCACGCUUCUCCUCUAUUUUGCACUUGAAUGGACACAACCUCUUGACCAUAUUUGACCAUGGAAGGACCAUGUUUUGGACGAUGUUGGUAGUGAUUGAGUUUGCUUCUGAUGUAGGUGAGGAUGAAUGGAAAAGGUUUCACUCUUUUCUCAUAAGAAUGAGCACAGGAAGCAAGAUCAUCAUCAUAAGUAAACUUAAAAGGUUAACCCGGUUUGGAUCGGUACAGCCUAUUUUCCUAAAUGUUUUGUCUUAUGACGAGUUGAGGUACCUUUUUAAGACACUGGCAUUCGGGAGUGUAGACCCUACAGAACAUCCACGGUUAGUACAACUAGCAGAUGAAUUUUGCAACAUGUUGCAUAAUGUGCCAGCAGGUACACUUAUUGCAACAAAUAUGCUCACGGAUGUAUUGAGAAUGAACCUCAGUGUUCAAUUUUGGCAUUGCAUACUAGAGAAGGGACUAAGAUAUUUUAAGAGAAACUACUCCACAUGUGGUGGGCGCCUAAGCAUGCUGACGGACCAAGCCCAUUUAGUGGACAUAACGGACUAUGCUUUGCAACCACUUAGCAUGAUAGCUUGUACUCCUAAUGUUUCAAUCAAGAAGGAAUUGCCAAGUCUAACAUUUGGGGAACUUAUAAGAGAUCCUAGUGUUAUCCCGAAACAAGACUUCAUUCUAAUUGCAUGGGAAUCAAGGAUACCGCCUCAUAAUUCAUUUCCUCAUUUGGUUACAAGUCAUGCUCAGGGUACACAUGAAGGUGGUGCCUUAACAGGGAGGAAGCGAAGAGGAGCGCCAAUCUAAUUCUGUUUCAAAACUCCUACAAUGUAAAUCUUGUUGUAUUUUAGUAUUUUUUUUUCAUAGAUGUAGAAUGGAUGUGUUCACGUGGCCAUGGAAAAGCUGUUUUUAGGAGUGAUUGUAUACCACUCAAAUAAAUGUACUGGAGGUCUCUAAUAAGAUUGCACAGUAUGUUCUAUCAUAA